CCCGGACAGGAUGGCAGUGGCCCAGUGUUCAUACCGAUCUGAACUGACCGAUGGCUCGGACGGUUGUCGGGCUCGAAGCACAUGUAGUAGAGUAGUCACAUCCUUACUAUAUAACAUGAACCCUUCGUUCUUUCAUCUAGGUUCUGGCCCAAGGUCAACACCACCGGCAACUCAUCCACACCAGCUCGGGCAGCGCCUGUGCUUCUACACUCCUUAGUGGACACUCCUUACCCUACAUUCCUUACACCUCACUCAUUACUGGGUACUAGACCUGCACUCCUUAAUCUGCGUUCCUUAGCCCGCACGUCUUCCAUUUCACGCACUCCUUUUUUUGCAGCAAUCGUUGCUAAGCUACCAUGUCAGGUCGCACCGCGGCGAGGACGGCUCCGUCGGCUGGACUGACGUACCAGCCGUACUUUGGCGUUGAGAUUGAGAUAUUUGUCAAGCUCAACAAAGACCAGGAGGAUAACAUCAAGGACAAGCAACGACGCGCUCCGUCGACGCUGCCUGAUCAUCUCCGGUACUGGGACUUCUCGCUGUCCAACGAGGCCAACGCCAACGUGGCAGACUUGAAGGACAUGCAGCGGGCACGCGUUGGCAUGGCCGUUGAAAAGAUCAUCGACCUUACCUUGGGCCCGGGGCAUGGUUGGUCCUGCAAGGCCGACGCCAGCCUGAAGGAAUGGACCAUCUGUGCGGAAGCACCGGACAGGAAGAAGUGGUGGGGGAUUGAGAUCAUCUCGCCGCCUACCUCGGUCACCACGUCCUGGCAAAGGGAGAUCGAAGAUGUGUUCGACGCCAUCGGCAAGAAGUUCGACUUCUGGACGAAUACUUGCUGCGCUACCCACGUACAUGUGUCGCCUGGGCCGAACAAAAACAGUAAGUAUAAGCUCGACCAGCUCGUGAACAGGGCCAAAGGGGCCUACUUCUGGGAGGAUGCGCUCUGCGAGGUUCUCCCGCCCGAGCGUCGCAAGAACAGAUACGCCUUGCCAAACCAUCAAAUCUACGCGGGGCUCGAGUACCUAGACGUCACUAUAGACGCCUGGCGGCCCCUCUUUGAGAGGCUCGAGAACACUGCUUCCGGGCGGGACGGAAAGGUGAAACUUCUUAACGCCUUGAGGCGCGGACCCGUGGGGACAGACCAAUGUACCCGGUACGUCUCGACCAGCUUCCAUCCCACCGACAGCUUGGGGACCAUCGAGCUCCGUCGUCAGGCUGGCUCUGCCUCGGCUAUGACCGUCAUCCACCGCGUGCUGCUCGCCGUCACGCUGCACGUCAGCGGGCUCCGCUAUGACUACCGCAAGGUUCACAGCCGCCUAAGCUACCCGACCGUUGACGAGCUGAUCGCGGAGCUCCAGGAAUGCAUAAAGGAUCUCCCCGGCACAUGCCACGGCAAGCGCUUUGUCAACUGGCUCAGGUGGUGCGUAGCGACCUACGCGCGCAACUACCAGCCCAGCGAGUUCGAGAUCAACAAAAAUGAACGGUGCUUGCGCUGGGGAGGCGAGUACCCGACUGUUCGUCUUCCGGCGCGAACGAGACCGAAUGGCCCGUCCCUGCCACGGACCCCCGCCACCCAGCGACAGCGAGCCGCUUCCCGGGCGCCUGCCCGUGCGGAUAUCCGCGACCGGGCCAUGGUAGAGGCAUGGGAAGAUACUCGCAGGGCCCGCAGAUAAAUAAAUGGGCGAAGGGCUGGACUUCUUGCCAGCUCAAACUUUUGCGCCCUAUACUAGGGUAAUUAGGUACUAGUCAGUAGUUGUUGGGUCGAAAGCCUAGGUACAGUACCUAAAUUGAAACACCAUGUGCCAA